UGAAGUCAGAGUCGGGAAAGAAGAAAGCAACAGCGGACUGAGUCUCCAAAGAACGACGUAGACUUUACCGAGUUUUUGCGCGUUUUCUACUUCAAAAAUCCCGUCUCCUCUCCAUCUCGAAUGUGUGACUUAAAUUCAACCCUAGUAUGUUCAGAAUGAAUUGAAGCCAGCCUUAACUUAUUCAGGGAUUUGAGGGCAUUCUCGUCGUGAAGGUUUUUGGAGGGAAAGCUGAAAGGUUAAAGAAAACCAGAAAAAAUAUGAGUGACAAUUUGAUGGAAAAAGUGAACGCGUUGGGAGAACGCCUGAAAAUUGGUGGGUCUGAGGUGGGUCGAAAGGUGAGUGCUGGUAUGAGCUCUAUGAGCUUCAAGGUGAAAGAGUUCUUCCAGGGUCCAAGCCAGGCUGAUAAACUUGUUGAGGAUGCUACCUCUGAGGCCCUUGAUGAGCCUGAUUGGGCUAUGAAUCUUGAUAUCUGCGAUAUGAUCAAUAACGAAAGAGUUAAUAGUGUUGAAUUGAUCCGUGCUAUCAAGAAACGGAUUAUGAUGAAGAGUCCUAGGAUCCAGUACCUGGCUUUGGUUUUGCUUGAAGCAUGUGUUAAGAAUUGUGAGAAGGCCUUCUCAGAGGUGGCAGCUGAGAGAGUCCUGGAUGAAAUGGUAAAACUGAUUGAUGAUCCUCAGACGGUUGUUAACAACCGAAACAAGGCUUUGAUACUGAUUGAGGCAUGGGGAGAGUCAACCAGUGAGCUUCGCUUCUUGCCUGUUUAUGAAGAGACGUACAAGAGUUUGAAAUCUAGAGGUAUUCGGUUCCCUGGCCGUGACAAUGAAAGCUUGGCUCCAAUUUUUACUCCUCCUCGCUCUGCUACAGAUGUUGAUGCUGGUCUCCCACAACAGGUUCAGGAUGAUAUUCCAGUGCAAAGUUUUACACCUGAACAAACUAAGGAAGCUUUUGAUGUUGCAAGAAAUAGCAUUGAGCUUCUUUCUACUGUGUUAUCUUCAUCACCCCAACAGGAUGUGCUAAAGGAUGAUUUGACAACCACGCUUGUACAGCAAUGCCAUCGGUCCCAAUCAACAAUCCAGCGGAUUAUUGAGACUUCUGCAGGUAACGAAGCACUGUUGUUUGAAGCCUUGAAUGUUAAUGAUGAGAUUCAGAAGGUUCUGUCCAAGUAUGAGGAGCUGAAGAAGCCAACAGCGCCAUCACAUGAACCUGAACCCGCCAUGAUACCUGUUGCUGUUGAGCCGGAGGAGUCACCUCGUCACACAAAGGAAGAUUCUUUGAUAAGAAAGCCUUCCGGUUCCAGAGUCGGAGGAAGCAACGAUGAGAUGAUGGAUGAUCUUGACGAAAUGAUAUUUGGCAAAAAAGGUGGUGGGGCUGCAUCAGAUGGCGGCCAAGAUCCCAAGAAACAGCAAACAUCUAAAGAUGAUCUCAUCUCCUUCUGAGCUGAUCGUGUACUUGUUCACAGGUGGACACGUACAAUGGACCUGUCCUCCCCUGACGGAGCUAAUCUUGUCCAUUUUACAUCAGUUCUCUUUGCAGGCAAGGAAAAUUGUAGUCAUACGACACAGUACAUUUCAUGGCGUGCCACCACUCUUUAUAUUGUUGAUUGUUAACUACUGAUUACUCGUUAUCUUUUUCUUUUUUUCUUUUUUGCACAUUCUGUGCUGUGUUCCAACUACUACGGUAUAUGUAAGUUAUUGACUGAUUAUAGAUGGGACGGUUUGAAGGAUUUCUGCGGCUUGUCAUUAUUGUUAGCUGCAGAUGAUUUAUGAUCUUUCAUAGCCCUGGUAAAUUGCAGUUAAAGAUUCGGAGAUUA